AUCAAAGACUGGGUCCCGCUGUUUUCUCCUCUAUUCUCCCCCGCCACUGCCGCGUCGCUCUUCAUCAUAGAUCCGACGGUCGUGAUUCGUUCUCCGCCUCGACUUCUCUCUCCGAUCCCGAUUCUCAAGCACUCCGUCCUUCUCUCAACCUCACCUCCCGAUCUCGAUUCGAUUUUUUUCUCGAGAAUCUAGCGCAGGGCGAAAUAUUUUAUCGAGAAUCUAGCUCUCUUCCUGUCGCUGUUUUGGCUUUAGAUUGAUGGAUCGGAGGAGAACGGGGAGUCCGGUGUAUGGGCGGCAGUGGAGUGGAGGGUCGAGUAGCACGGGGUCGUCUUCUCCGGCGAUGUCGCCGGCGCACCCUCACUCGCGUCUGGCUUCGGGGGCCGGUGGAGUGUCCACCAUCAAGAGGAGUCAAAAUGUUGCGGCAAAAGCUGCGGCACAGCGUCUGGCGCAGGUGAUGGCGUCGCAGACGGCUGACGACGACGACGACGACGAUGAUCUAGGGUUUCGGUACAGUGCUCCGCCGCCUCCUGCUCCGUCGUCUUAUGCCAGCAGUAUUAAUAGUAACCAUUCGUCCGCUAGAGCCACUAGAUCUCCGUCACCUGCAUUAGGUCGGAACUUUGUGGAGCAUACUCCUUCAGUUCGAUCCACAUCAGCUGGAAGGCCAGCAAUGUCCGUUCGUGCAAUGCCAAUAGUGCCAUCUAGCAGAGCAACACUUAGAAAUCCCGUUUCUAUACCUCCUAUGGAACCUCCUGCCAAAAAUAGGCCCAGAGAAAAAAGGUCUACAUUAGAUUUGGGGCAUAUUAACUUAAAAGGCGCAGAAAAUCAGCAUGAGGCAUCUGCACUUCAUGAUGAGCUUGAUAUGCUCCAAGAAGAGAAUGAGAAUAUUCGUGAAAAGCUUCGACUUGCAGAAGAAAGGCGUGAAGAAGCAGAGGCUAGAUCUAGGGAGCUUGAGAAACAGGUUGCUGCUCUUGGAGAAGGUGUAUCCCUAGAAGCAAAGUUGUUGAGCAGGAAGGAAGCAGCAUUGCGUCAAAAAGAGGCUGCUCUAAAGGCGGCAAAACAAACUAAGGAUGGGAGAGAUGAGGAAAUUGCAAACCUUCGUUUGGAAAUACAGAACUUGAAAGAUGGUGCCACAACUGCUAUAGAACAACUUCAAGAAGCAGAAUCUGAAGCAAAAGCUCUUCGCUCCAUGACAAAAAGAAUGAUUUUGACUCAGGAGGAGAUGGAAGAAGUUGUUCUGAAGAGAUGUUGGCUUGCUCGAUACUGGGGUUUAGCUGUACGUCAUGCCAUCUGUGCAGACAUAGCAUUAUCAAAGCAUGAGCAUUGGUCAUCUUUAGCACCUUUGCCAUUUGAAGUCGUCAUUUCAGCUGGACAAAAGGCCAAGGAAGAGUCUUGGAAUGGAGGUGGUGAGGAUCCAGAUAGGAGUAAACUUGUCCGAGAUUUGAGUGAUCUAACUGGAGAAGGAAAUAUUGAGAGCAUGCUUUCAGUUGAAAUGGGUUUGAGGGAGCUAGCUUCCUUAAAGGUUGAGGAUGCCAUUGUCCUUGCAUUGGCCCUGCACAGACGUCCAAAUUUGGUUCGACAGUACAGCUCAGAUAAAUCACCGGGUGAUCCCAAGUCCAUGGAGUCAUUUGAAUUAAAUCAAGAGGAGGCAGAAGAUGUUCUCUUCAAAGAGGCUUGGCUUACUUAUUUCUGGAGAAGAGCCAAAGUCCAUGGUGUAGAAGAGGAUAUUGCAGAAGAGAGACUACAAUUUUGGAUCAGUCGGAGUGGGCAAACACCAACUUCACAUGACGCUGUUGAUGUUGAGCGAGGCCUGAGGGAGCUGAGGAAACUAGGGAUAGAGCAACAACUCUGGGAAGCAUCUCGCAAGGAAAACGACCAGCCUUCUUACGCCUCAAUUGUUAAUCACAAGCCUUCUUAUGUUUCAAUUGUUAAUCAGAAGCCCGUUGCAGAAUCAGACUACUCUCCAUGACCGGGCGCACCCUGAAAUGUUGUUUGUGUUGGGAAAAAAAAAAAAAAAACCAAAAAUGUUGCUCGUCAUUUUUUUCCUUCUUCAUACAAAAUUUUCACCGAGCUUGCUCGGUUUUUCCCAUAUCCGGUAUUAUAGUCGGUCCCUCAUACUAAAGGACCUAGGCUCCACCAUAUAGUGUUAGGGAGAUUUGUUGAAAUUGUAUUUAUGUUGUUUGUACGAUAGACUUGAUAUAGAACAAAAUCAAAGCCAAAUGCUUGGAACAAUUAAAAUUA